UUUAAUCCCGCGACCUUAUGCCACCAAGCAAACACCCUUUUGUGUUGAGCGCUCACUAUUUUCAUGUAUUAGCAAACAUGAAUUAAAGGGUUCGUUUUAACGCAACAGUCGGUGAAAUGUCGGCUCUGCACAAAAGUACAAUCCUCAAAGCACCUCUGAAUCCCAUUUCCCUGUCCCUCCGCCACUUCACCACUCUUCCACCACCUUUACCGCCGCCACAACCACCACUGGACCCCACCACAAUUUCCAACAUCAUACUUCAAACAAACCCAGAAUCAUUGCAAGACACCCUUAACACCCUCACUCAAUGGACACCAAACCUCGUCCACGCUGUCCUAAAACGUCUCUGGAACCACGGCCCAAAAGCCCUCCAAUUUUUCAACAUCCUCGAUCACCACCCUUCAUAUUCCCACUCAUCAACAGCCUUUGAUCACGUUAUUGAUAUCUCUGCUCGUAUGCGUGAUUACAAGGCCCUUUGGAAGCUCGUGGCCCGAAUGGAAGCCCGGCGACUCGGCCCGAAUCCGAAAACAUUUGGUAUCAUUACUGAGAGGUAUGUUUCGGCUGGGAAACCUGAUAAAGCUCUGAAUGUUUUCCUGUCUAUGCAUAAACAUGGUUGUCCUCAGGAUUUGACUUCUUUUAAUGCGUUUCUUGAUGUACUUUGUAAAUCGAAACGGACUGAGAUGGCUGAUAAGUUGUUUAAGAUGUUUAGGGGAAGGUUUAAAGCUGAUACGAUUAGUUAUAAUACGCUUGCGAAUGGUUUUUGUUUGAUUAAGAGGACACCGAAAGCACAGGAAAUUUUGAAGGAAAUGGUGGAGAGAGGUAUGGAGCCGACUAUAACGACGUUUAAUAUAAUGCUUAAUGGGUUUUUUAAAGCGGGACAGAUUAAGGAAGCUUGGGAAUUCUUUUUGCAGAUGAAGAAGAGGAAAUGUGAUAUCGAUGUUGUGACUUAUACUACUGUAGUUCACGGAUUUGGUGUUGCGGGUGAUGUUGAGAAGGCUCGAAAGGUGUUUAGUGAGAUGGUGGGGGCUGGUGUACUUCCGUCUGUGGCUACGUAUAAUGCUUUGAUACAAGUUUUGUGUAAGAAAGAUAGUGUGGAAAAUGCUAUUUUAGUGUUCAAUGAGAUGUUGAGGAAAGGUUAUUUGCCGAAUGCCAAAACUUAUAAUGCCAUUAUCAGGGGAUUGUGCCAUGUCAGGAAAAUGGACAGUGCUAUGGAGUAUGUGGAUAAGAUGAAAGAGGACGGGUGUGAGCCAAAUGUUCAGACUUAUAAUGUUGUCAUCCGAUACUAUUGUGAUGAAGGGGAAAUCGAGAAGGGGCUGAGGGUGUUUGAAAGGAUGAGUACUGGGGAUUGUUUACCUAAUUUGGAUACAUACAAUAUCUUGAUAAGUGCAAUGUUUGUGAGGAAAAAAUCAGAUGAUUUAUUAGUGGCUGGGAAAUUAUUGACAGAAAUGGUUGACAGAGGAUUUCUUCCUCGAAAAUUUACCUUCAACCGGGUUCUAAAUGGUCUUUUGCUAACUGGUAAUCAAGAUUCUGCAAAAGAGAUUUUGAGGUUGGUAAGCAAAUCUGGCCGCCUCCCCUGCCAUUUUAAAUUGUGAGAACAACUGCGUAUGUAUGAUACACAAACUAAGUGCCCUUCUGAAGCUUAAUGAAACGGUAAAGCUAUAAAUCUGAGAUGAGUUUGUUACUUGCCCUGAAAUUCAAUCUUGGAGUGUGGUAAAGAUGUGGAUAAGUAUGAGUAAUGUGAAGAGUUUGAGAUGAAAAUGACUUAAAAAGCAUGCCAUUAUCUUUAUGCAGCAGCUCAUGAGCAUGUUUGUCGCCACUCGUGAAAUUCAAUCUUGGAGUGUGGUAAAACAUGGAUAAGUAUGAUGAAUGUGAAGAGUUUGAGAUGAAAUGACUUAAAAAGCAUGUCAUUAUCUCUAUACAGCAGCUCAUGAGCGUAGAGACUUGGCAUUUGAAAGGACUUGUGUUGUUUAGCAGGGCGCUCUGACUUUGGUCCAUGACUUGAAGGAGGUGGAGUUGCAAAUAAAGUAUAUCAUGCAAAUGGAGGUGCACAAUUUCAUCAAGCGAUCUCAGAGUGCUUUCAUUUUUGCUUCUACUGGAUAAUUCUGUACUUCUUAUUAUUGAUAUGUAUGCAACACAGAAAGGACAGUGACAUCCGGUCAAAACCAAAUCCGUGUUUACAGGUUCUUUUUUGCCCUCCUUUAUUCCUGUUGAAGGCAAAAUGAAGGUUAGAAAAUAAAGUGGGGUUAUACAUUUACUAAAUUACCUCAAGUCUAAUAAUCUCAGCAACCUUGCCGUCAGAGGCGGAUCCAAGAUUUGAACUUUGGACUUUUACUAAAAUUCAUUUGCUUUAUGAGUGGCACCAAAAGCAGAGAAAAAGCCAGCAGAGAAGAAACCAGCCGCAACAGAUCGAGGAGAAAGAAGCUGACAAGAAGAAGAAGAGGGUAAAGAAGAGCGUUGAGACUUACAUUGAUGAGCAGUUUGAUCAGUGAUAUAUUUGAGAAGCUUGCUCAGGAGUCUUCAAGAUUGGCUAGGUAGAAUAACAAGCCUAUUACUUCUAAGGGAAAUUCAGACUGCUGUUAGGCUUGUGUUGCCUGGUGUGUUGGCUACACAUGCUGUUUCUGAAGGCAGUAAGGCUGUUUCUCAGUUUACUAGUUCUUAGAUGGGUGUUGGGGUGGGGUUGGUAUUUUUGGGAAUGUAAAGGUAGUGCUUUUGUUGGGUUGGAAAAAAAUGUAAGAUUUGCAGCUGGUUCUUGUGCGAUGAAAGAAUGGAUAUGAAUAUGAAAGAAUGUGUUUUUGUGAAGAAAAAAAGUAGCUUCCUUUUAUCAAAAUGUAAUAAUAUUCAUCUUCUUUUGUAAGUUGAGCAUGUGUAAACCAACACUGCUGGCACUAUGUUUCAUCUAAUGUCCAAGCUGUCGAUAACUGAUA